AGGGGAAGAGAUGUCGGAGCAGGGCCUGGAGUUGGCCUCCAUCCUCCCGGCGCUGCGAGAGCUGGGGAGUGCCAAUCCAGAAGAUUACAAUGCAGUGGUGCAGAAACCCAGGCAGAUUCUCUGUCAGUUCAUUGACCAGAUGCUGACCGACGUAGAUGUUGUUGCUUUGGAGCUUUCUAAGAAGAGUGACUCACAGCCAAUGUGUGUGAUGUUGCUGGAUUUCAUUCAACACAUUAUGAAGUCCUUCCCGCUGAUGUUUGUGAGUGUCCCUCUGAAGCCAACUAAAGUCAUUCAGCAGCUCAGCGCUGAUGAAUGGAGUUGUGCAGAUUUCAGUAACUGGAUCAUAUCCAGGCUCCUGCGGAUUGCUGCAGCUCCCAACUGUCAAGCACUUCACAACCGUAUCGUAAAAGUUGUGCGCUCUUUGCUCUGGGUAUUCAAGAGCAGGAAUCCCUCUAUAUUCAGGGCACAGACCAAAGAAUUCUUUGACCUCUUCCAAGAUCUGAUCUGGCUGGGCGAGGAGAACCAUUUCAAAGAAGAUUCCUCCAUGUGGCCAUUCGUAGUCAAACAUUACACCGUAGCAGACGAGAGAAAUGCCGGGUAUUUAACCCCUGCACCACUUCAGAUGGCCUCCAUGUCACAAGUGGAACAAUUGGAAGAGGUACUGUUGAAGAUUCUCUCUUCCCUUCUUCCUGGUGUAUUUUGCAGGAGGCAGCAGCUCAUCGUGUGGGGAAUCGGCUGCUCCCUCUUAGAGCAGGGCAGCCCUAAGAUACGGAGCAUCGUGCUGGCCAUGAUAUCCCAGCUGAUUGACCUCGGAGGCCCACCGCCAGAGGAGGUGGCAAACGGGUUCUUCAAAUUUGAUUGGCUCUUGGGGCUGAUGAGUCAGGUAGAGGGCAACGAACUUCAGAUGUAUGAGGAGCCUUUUGCUCAGCUCAUGAGGAGUCUCUUCCCACUCAGUUCCGAGCAACUGACCGACACGCUUGGGAUACAACCAGUUUACCUGGACAUGGUGAUGGACAGCCUGAGUGGCCUAAUGGGAAACGGACUGCUGAAACGCAUUGAAUCUGAGAAGCUGAGAGAUGCCUUGUGCCACUUGUUCCAGCACUUUUUGACGUUGGCGCUAUCAGGACUCACGGCUGCCCUGCCCACACAGAAAACUCAAAUACGGCGCAUUUGCAAAGCCUUAAUUGAAAUGAUUGGAACACAAACAAAGCAGGAGUACUUGGUGAAUUGUUUGUGCACUGCACUGAGAGCGGAGGGGAUUGCAGUCAUACAAGACCUGCAGCUUCGAGAACAGAUAGCAUUGGAGGAGGUCUGCGACACCGAGCAAGGCAAUAGCGGUGAUGAGGUUCCAGAGAAAAGGCCACGAUUGAGUUGCCCUGCACGAGCCGGGCAGCACACAGUUUCACCAGCUGAAAUUGGGCCAGUGGAGAUGAAGUUGAAGAGUGAGCUGUGGUGUGCAUUGUGCACCAGGCUGACAUCACUGCAAGAUAUCCAGUCACAGAAGGAGGCUGUGAUUAUUUUGGAGGGAAUUGUGAUUAUCUUCCGCUUGGCUGCCCUGUGUACUGCAGCCUGUGAUCUCGAAGGAGUCGACAGCACUGACAGAGGCCAUGUGAGUGUUCGAGUCGAUGGGAAGAUGCCGAGCUCCUCAGGAAAACCACCAAUGAAAGUACAACUGACCUGGCUGAGUUCCGAGAUGUUUACCCAGAUCCUGGAACUUGGAAAGCAACAACUCGACACAGCACGGCAAGAAGACGUGGGAGGAUUAGUUGACAGAAUGAUAAAGAUAAUUGAUGCUAUAAUCUACCUCCAAGUUGCCCAGGGUCGGGUGAACAAAGACACACUCCACACACUUUGUGGCUUCCUGUCGUUACCGUGGCUACACAAUCACUGUACGGACCAAGCUUUCAAAUCUGCUGGAUUUCAUCCUGAACUGGUGUCUCUGAGUCAACAUUUAGCGAGCGCUUUCUCACACUGCUGGCAGGCAAACUGUGUGUACCUGCUGUCGUUGUUACCUGCAGAGAUGUGCCCUGAGUGGAGAGCAGCGGUGUACAGAUGGGCUUUACAGAGCUCCUCUGAUGUGCUUCGUGCAGGUUCAGUGCAAGGAUUUCCCCUGUUGCUCCAUCGCUUGGGUGUUAAAUCGCACAGCCUCGUAAAUGAGAUUCUCUUAAGCAAACUGCAAGACAAUUCCAGCUUGGUUCAGGAAGCGUUGGCCAGCAGUGUUGGAAUGUUAGCAUGCGUGCUUUCAGGCAAAUCCCAACUGAUGCUUCCUAAGAGUGACCUUGCUGUCCCACACGCAGAUGGUGACCUCUUGUGCAGUCAUAUCAUUGUAAGAACUGAUUCGCCCAAGUCCAUGCCUACAGUUGGAGCCUCCGUGUUUAUUCCAUUCCUGGCACUGAUCAGAAAGAAGAUGCCUACUUCAGUAAAACUUGCAUUUAUAAACAACAUUCCUUACCUGUGUAAACACGUGAACCUGGGAAAAAACAGUUCAGAUGCCAACGUCAUGUUUGAUGCCGUGUUGAACCUUAUGGAAGAUCCGGAUAACGGCGUCAGAAUCGCAUUCAGUGAGAAAAUACAUCAUUUGUUAGAGCAUCAAGAAGCUGAAGACCAGAGUUUACUGAAAGAGCUCCUUGUAUCUAAGCUGAAGGAGGCAUACACAAACGCUAAGGUCUCGAGAAACAACGCACUGAAGGACACAUUAAUACUUACAACCAGAGAAAUUGGACGAGCAGCCAAAGGCGACCUUGUGCCAUUUGCCCUUUUACGCCUGUGCCAUUGCUUGCUGUCCAAGGUACCGUUUGUGGCUGGCGCUGCUCACACAGAGAUCCGAGCGCUGGCAGCAGCCAAAGGGAUGAAGCUGCAAGCCUUCUUCAGCCAGUACAAGAAACCUGUCUGCCAGUUCCUAGUGGAGUCGCUGCAUACAAGCCAGCUGUCCAUCAGCAACAGUGCUGAGGCUGCCAGAGAAACAGACCAUCGCAGACAGUUUGCACUUGACAUCUUGUCCGAAGUUGCUCACGUGUUUGACUUCCCGGAUCUGAAUCGCUUCCUCAAUCGUACUUUGCAAUCUCUGUUGCCGUACCUGGCAGCAAAGGCUAGUGCUGAGGCCUCGAUGCUGAUCCGAACCAUAGCCAAACAGCUGAAUGUGAACCGCCGAGAGAUCCUGAUCAACAACUUCAAAUACAUUUUCUCCCACUUGGUCUGCUCCUGCUCAAAGGACGAACUUGAGCGUAGUCUCCAUUACCUUCGGAAUGAAACUGAGCUUGAACUGGGCAGCCUUCUCAGGCAGGAUUUCCAGGGGCUGCACAAUGAGCUGCUGCUGUGUAUUGGGGAGCACUAUCAGCAGGUGUUCAAUGGAUUGGCCAUACUGGCUGCCUCUGCUUCUCAGAGUGAUUCCAACCAGACCCUCUCAGACAUCACUUCCAUAGAGUUAAUGGCAGACUACUUGCAGCCCAAAUUGUUGGGGAUCUUGGCCUUUUUUAAUAUGCAUUUGCUGAGCUCCAGUGUGGGAAUGGAGGAUAAGAAGAUGGCCUUGAGCAGUUUGAUGUCAUUAAUGAAAUUAAUGGGACCAAAGCACAUCAGCUCAGUGCGGGUAAAAAUGAUGACCACUCUGAGGACAGGCCUGAGAUACAAGGAAGAAUGUCCUGGGUUGUGCUGCAGAGCGUGGGACUGCUUUGUGCGUUGCCUGGACCCAGGUUAUUUGGGAUCCCUUCUCAGCCAGGUCAUUGUGGCUCUUCUGCCUUUAAUGUCCAUUCAGCCAAAGGAGACAGCUGGAAUCUUUCAUUAUCUUAUUGUGGAGAACAGAACUGAAGUGAAAGAUUUCCUGCAUGAGAUUUACUUCCUGCCAGAACACCCUGACUUUACUGCGAUCCAGAAAGUAUUGCAGGACUUUAGAAAGGAGACGUCAAAAAGCACAGAUUUACAGACUGCACUGCAGCUGUCCAUGAAGGCUGUUCAGCAUGAGAAUGUAGAUGUCCGUAUCCAUGCACUCACCAGUUUAAAGGAUACUUUGUAUAAGAAACAGAAACAACUGGUAAAACUUGCCACAGACAGUGAGACUGUGGAGCCUGUUAUCUCGCACUUGGUUAUGGUGCUCCUGAAAGGUUGCCAAGACGCAAACGCACAAUCUAGGCUUCUCUGUGGAGAGUGCCUUGGGGAGCUGGGAGCGAUCGAUCCUGGUCGACUGGAUCUCAUGACCAGUAACACAGAGGGCAAAAGCUCUACAUUUGUGGCUGGAGUGGAGGACACCAGUUGUGCCUAUGAUCUGCUGAUGGAGUUGACCAGAGCCUUCCUUGCUCAUGCAGACAACGUUCGAGCUCAGGAUUCAGCAGCUUAUGCCAUGCAGGAACUGCUGCAGAUAUACAAAUGCAAAGAAGGGAAGAGUGAUUGCCCAGGACGGAGGCUGUGGAGGAGCUUCCCAGAGCACGUGCAGGAAAUACUGGAACCUCACCUAAACACCAGGUACAAAAGUUCUCAGAAGACGUGUAAAUGGGACAGCAUGAAAAAGCCGUUCUACCUCAGCAAGCAAGAGAGCAACUUUGCAGAGUGGUCAGCCACUUGGGGAGGAUACCUUAUCACAAAGGUCCGACAUGAACUGCCCAGAAAGGUCUUUGACUGCUGCAGUUUUAUUAUGAAGCACGAUUUCAAAGUGACUAUCUACCUACUCCCCCAUAUUCUGGUCUAUGUUUUGCUCGGCUGCAAUCAGGAGGAUCAACAGGAAGUGUAUUCUGAGAUUAUGGCAGUUCUGCAACACGAUGAAGCCGGGAAUCGACGAAUGCAAGACAGCGCAUCAGACCUGAGCCAGCUGAGCACGCAGACGGUAUUCUCCAUGUUAGAUCACCUCGCACAGUGGUCCAGGCACAAACUGCAGGCUCUGAGCUUGGAGAAAAAUGCAGGGAAAACCAUCAAAGACCAAGGGGGACCCAAUGUAUCGAGCGCAGAGUACAAGGAAUACCAAAAUGUCACAGCCUUUCUGGACCUCAUACCUCAGGAUACUCUCGCUAUGGCUUCGUUUCGCUCGAAGGCCUACACUCGAGCAGUGAUGCAUUUUGAAUCCUUCAUCACAGAAAAGAAAGAGAAUAUUCAGGAGCACCUUGGAUUUCUGCAGAAGCUGUACGCUGCGAUGCACGAGCCGGAUGGAGUGGCUGGGGUUAGCGCGAUCCGUAAAGGAGAGCCGAGCCUCCGAGAACAGAUUGUGGAACAUGAGAGCAGUGGGCUGCUGAGAGAUGCUACCGCCUGCUAUGACCGGGCUUUUCAGCUGGAACCUGACCAGAUAAUUCACUAUCACGGAGUCAUGAAAUCUAUGUUGGGACUUGGCCAGUUAUCUACAGUAAUAACUCAGGUCAACGGAGUGAUUGCAAGCAGACCUGACUGGAGCUCCGAGCUUAACACGUACAGAGUGGAGGCAGCUUGGAAGCUGACCCAGUGGGACUUGUUGAAUGAUUAUCUGGUCACAGAGGGGAAGUCCAGCACCUGGAGCGUGCGACUGGGCCAGUUGUUGCUGUCAGCUAAACAGAGAAACACAGAGGCUUUCUAUGAACAAUUGCAGGUGGCUCAAGCGGAACAGAUUGUGCCUCUCUCCGCAGCGAGCUUUGAGCGAGGAUCUUACCAACGGGGAUACGAAUACAUCGUCAGACUGCACAUGCUGUGUGAGCUGGAGCACAGCAUCAAGGGACUCCUGCCUCGGCAGCCAGACCGACUUUCUAAAAGAUUCGAGCAUCCUCUGAAUUGGCAGGCUCGUCUGGAAAUGACCCAGAAUUCAUUUCGGGCUAAAGAGCCAGUCUUGGCCUUGCGUAGAGCUUUGCUUAGCCUCUGUAAAAGUGCAGACUACAGUGAACUGGUUGGAGAAUGCUGGUUACAAAGUGCCAGAGUUGCAAGGAAAGCAGGCCAUCACCAGACUGCAUACAAUGCCCUCUUAAAUGCAGGGGAAUCCCGCCUGCCUGAGCUUUACAUAGAACGAGCGAAGUGGCUGUGGUCCAAGGGGGACGUUCACCAGGCUUUGAUUGUCCUACAGAAAGGUGUGGAGUUGUGUUUCGGAGAGAUGGGAACACAGCCGAGUGACAGCAAGAGCUGCCUUAUUAAGGGGAAAGCUGUGCUGCUGGUUGGACGUUUCAUGGAAGAAACGGCUAAUUUUGAAAGUAAUGCCGUGAUGAAGAAGUACAAGGAGGUGACCACCUUGUUACCAGAAUGGGAAGACGGACACUUUUACUUGGCCAAGUAUUAUGACAAAUUGAUGCCUAUGGUAACAGACAACAAGAUAGAAAAACAGGGCGAUUUGAUACGCUACAUCGUUCUUCAUUUUGGCACGUCGUUGCGGUUUGGAAAUCAGUUUAUCUACCAGUCGAUGCCAAGAAUGUUAUCACUCUGGCUGGAUUACGGAGCAAAAGCCUAUGAACUGGAAAAGGCCACAGGACGUACUGCUGAUCGCUUUGCCAUGAAACCGGAUCUCGAAAAGAUCAACAAGGUGAUCGAGGAGCACACAAAACACCUGUCCCCCUACCAGUUCCUGGCGGCCUUCUCCCAACUAAUUUCACGGAUAUGCCAUUUCCAUGACAAUGUGUUUGCUCGGCUGAAGGACAUCAUUGUCAAGGUGUUUCUCGCCUACUUCCAGCAGGCCAUGUGGAUGAUGACAGCUGUGUGCAAGUCAUCGUAUGCGACACGAGUUGGCAGAUGUAAGGAAAUCUUGCAACAAGCCGUCAAUGAGAAGAGCUCCUUCGCCAAGUUCAUAGAGGAUGCCACCCGUCUGACUGAAAAACUGCUGGAACUGUGCAACAAACCGGUCGGUGGGAAUACGACUACAUUAAGCAUGAGCGUUCACUUCAAAAUGCUGAAACGGCUGGUGGAAGAGCCCACUUUCAGUGAAAUCCUCAUUCCCCUGCAAUCCGUGAUGACUCCCACCCUGCCCUCCACGCCAGGCACACAUGCAAAGCACGACCCUUUCCCGGGUCACUGGGCCUACAUCGCUGGUUUUGAUGACAAGGUGGAGAUCCUGGCAUCACUUCAGAAGCCAAAGAAAAUCAACCUGAAGGGGACUGAUGGGAAAUCCUACAUUAUGAUGUGUAAACCCAAAGAUGACCUUCGGAAGGAUUGUCGGCUCAUGGAAUUCAACUCCCUCAUUAAUAAGUGCCUGCGGAAAGACGCCGAGUCUCGCCGGAGGGAGCUUCACAUCAGAACAUACGCAGUUAUCCCUCUCAAUGAGGAGUGUGGGCUGGUCGAAUGGGUUAACAACACAGCGGGCUUACGAAACAUCCUGAACAAACUAUACAAAGAAAAAGGUGUCUUCAUGACCGGAAAGGAGCUGCGUCAAUGCAUGCUGCCAAAGCAAGCUCCCCUAUCAGAGAAACUCUCACUGUUUAAGCAGCAGCUGCUGCCCCGGCACCCUGCUGUCUUUCACGAGUGGUUCCUUAGGACCUUCCCAGACCCGACUUCAUGGUACAGCAGCAGAUCAGCAUACUGUCGUUCCGUUGCUGUGAUGUCGAUGGUGGGCUACGUUCUUGGUCUCGGUGACCGUCACGGAGAAAACAUUUUGUUUGAUUCAUUCACGGGUGAAUGUGUCCACGUGGACUUCAACUGUCUUUUCAAUAAGGGGGAGACCUUUGAUGUUCCUGAGAUUGUCCCUUUCCGCCUGACCCACAACAUGUCCCAUGCUAUGGGCCCUAUGGGGACAGAGGGUUUAUUCCGCCGAGCCUGUGAAGUGACGACCAGACUGAUGCGUGAUCAGAGAGAACCUUUAAUGAGUGUUUUGAAAACAUUUCUUCAUGACCCACUGGUGGAGUGGAGCAAACCGGUGAAAGGAAGCACAAAAUCCCAGGUCAACGAAACUGGAGAGGUUAUCAAUGAGAAGGCCAAGACCCACGUCCAGGAUAUAGAAAAGCGUUUGCAAGGCGUGAUUAAGACCAGGAACAAGGUAAAGGGUUUGCCUCUGUCCAUCGAAGGCCAUGUGCACUACCUUAUUCACGAAGCAACAGAUGAAAAACUCCUGUGUCAAAUGUACCUGGGCUGGGCUCCAUAUAUGUGAAACAAACAAAAGCUGCAAGUUGGCUAAUACGCCAAUGUGGUAUGUGCACUAAGACGACCAUCUUAAUUCUGAGCUCUUUCAAUCACUCGUCAAAGAGCUGUCUUACUGUCAUAGACCUUAACUGUUAAAAAAAAAAAGGCACAGCUUGACAGAGAUUGAGAAGGAUCUGCAACUCUCCCUCAGCUUCCAAUGCACAGAAUGAAGGUAUUGAAUAUUUCAGAGCCUUGAUCGAGACUGGAUUUUUCGGAACGUUUGAUGAAGUGCUCAAGCUUUGAAGCUUUAAAGUGAAACUGAGUGGCUUGCUGAAGAGGCGAGAUAUGACGAACACGAAAUCGCAAGGAGCCGGAAAAGCGAUGGAGCCAAAGACUAAAUAUUUGACAAAAUGUGACACAAACGUUGCUAGGUUAACCCCCAACCUCUUGUUAAUGUCCUGUGCUGUCAACAAAAGGAAGGGGCGCUGUGGUUGGCAAGUGAACUGCAGUUGGUAGAAGUAGACAGUAAAUUGCACAUGAGUGUAUUCAAAUUAUUCUGCUUCACUGACUACUUAUGUAUAUGUAGCGGUAUUCUGACAAGACAGGAGAUCUGUCAAGGGCAUAGCUCAGCUUCUUGAGAGGAAAACCAAACUUCUCAUGUGUGUGGAAGUAAAGCAUUUUUUUCCUCCAGGAGCCACAGAACAGGGAAUUAUUGGUAGUGGAUGUUUGCUUGUUGGGUAAGAGAUGCCCUGUGAGACACUACCUUGUUGAAGGUGUAUUGAACUCAAUUUAGUCUUUGUUGAGACAGUUUUUUGUCCUUGUUACUAUUCACGUAAUUGCACCUUACAAAUGAACUGUGCAGUUUGCAAACAGGAUUCAGAAUGGAAUAAAGAGCUUUGGGUGA